AGACUUAUUUGGGUCUGCAAACAGCAAAAGUCUCUCUAUCUCUCUCUCUCUCUCGCGCUAAAACCAAAUGCUUGUUUACAUGGACUACACCGGCAGAUGGUCUUCUCAGCAACAAACACAACAAAACCCUAACCCUAACCAUAUAUUUUCUUCAAUUCCGCACGCUCUAAUGUACCACCAGGCACCAUCCUCCCUCUCCGCAUUGUCCUCCCACUUCUCUCACCAACAGCACACCACAAAUCCUAACCCUUUUCUUUAUUUUCCUCAGCCAGUGCUUCCCUCUUCCCUAACCAUUAACCCAGACCUUCACCCACCUGGCACCGACACCUCUUCCAAUUCUAGCUCCUACCCAUCAACCCAUGUCGGAGUCGGACCAGGUUUUAUGUAUUCUGAGGACCCGGGUGCCGGUUUUCACGGAUGGGUUUCUAAUCAAGCUGAACCCAUAAGUAAUGAUGCUGCUAAAAAAGAUCAAACCUUUGCAAAUGAUGCCUCAGGGAUAAUUCCACAGCAAACUAAGGUUGUUCAGUCCAUGAGGUGUGAGGUCUGCAAAAUUGAUUGUAAUAGCAAAGAGGUUUAUGAGGCACACAUACUAGGAAAGAAACACAAAAGGAAUUUGCAAGUACAAAAUUGUCCUACUAUUGCAAUGUCAUUAAGCAGCUCUAAUACAAUAACUGCUAUACCAAGCCAGAUGGGCAGUAUAGGUGGACAAACAAUAUUUGGAGCUUCAGGUGUGGCUGCUGGUGAGGAGUUGGAGACAAAGAAACGGAAGCUUUUGGAUGGCGGUGCAGUAGUUGAUUCUGUCAGGUUUUGCACAAUAUGCAAUGUUGCUUGCAAUAGCCAAGAUGUGUUCAAUAAACAUCUGGCUGGGAAAAAGCAUGCUUCUCAGGCUCGCUUAAUAGCUCUUAAUGGGAUCGGACCAUAUAUUGCUGCAAUCAGGUCUCAUGAUAGUGGCACUUUGAAAAAAUGGCCAAAGAAAACCAAGAAUGUUCAAUCUGCAUGGUGUGAAGUUUGCAAAAUCAAUUGUAACAGCACUGAUAUCUACGUCAAACACCUAUCAGGAAAGAAACACCAGAAGAACCUGGAGAAACUGUCAAAAUCAAAGAACGAUGUCAGUUCCCCCGCCUCAAAUGCUCCUCUGGCCUCAACAAAUCCAGUAAUUGGACCAAUAGAAAAUCCAGAGGCCAAUAAGGGCAAGAGUGUUGUGCAAAAUUCAGGGAAGAAGAUAGCCGAGUCACAUGCAUCAGAAGAAGAUCUGGAGACAAAGAAACGUAAGAUGUUGGAAGUUGGAGCAGUAGCCGGAGCUGUUAGAACGUGCACCAUAUGCAAUGUGGUGUGCAACAGCCAGACAGUCUUCAAUUCUCAUCUUCUUGGUCAGAAGCAUGCUGCCAUGGUGAAGAAACAGUAAGAAGCUGGAAUUGCAAUUGCAGGUCCUCAACUGAUAACUGCCACCUAAACCUGAUUGCUCGGAGGCUAUGAUUUAUCAGGAUCAAUUUUUUUUUUUCAGGACUUGUACAUGCCCCUUUUGUCUUGAAAUAUUAAGAUGUAGCCUUUUAGCAUACGUGUUUUUGCCCUUACUAGGUGUUUUCUCUUAUACAUUUUCUGAUCUGGGCUGCCUUAUGCUUUUAACGAUAUUUUGAUUAUUUAUAAUAUACUAAUAAUAUUUCGAUUA